AUGGAAGUAGUAUACUCAACUUCUAAUAUACUAGGGUAUAAGUCUGGAUUACCUGAAUUAGAGGUAACUUUACCGUUAAAAUAUCCACCUACUUCAUCAUCAACAACAAUAACAAAUCCAAAUGAUCAGUUUCAUCAACAAACAGCUGUCUCCGGGAGUUUUAUAAAUUUAGAAUCAAAUUCAUUAAUAUCCAUCAUACUGUGCUCAAUUUUAAAUGAUUUAAAAACCAUAGAUUUGACACCCAUUGAGUACAAAAGAAAUAAUUUAGGCAUUAGAUUCCAAAAUAUAAAAAUUCAGUUACCAAAUACUAUUGCAUCUACUACUUCUUUAAGCAUCAUUCGAAAAGGUGAAAACAUAGAUUUGAAUAUAAUCGACUCGAAGUACUUAUUCAUAACUUUACAAAUUUCAAUUGAAUCAUUCAUUCAAGGAAGAACUUUAAAUUUAUCAGAUUUUGAAAAAUGGGGUCAUAUUUCAGUUCCUUACUCUUUUGAGUUGAGAUCAAGUCCAUAUAUAAUAAAGUCAUUGGAUGAAUUAAAUACAAUAGUGUCUUUGAAAGAUGGGGGAUUACUUCAUUUUCAAAGAAAUGAACCAUUAUCAGAUGUCAAAAUUCAUACAUUUAACGAACCUAUUUCAUUCUUUAGUGGUUUUUUUGGUAGUGAUAAGAAGAAAGAAUUGAAUGGAAUAUCUUCAAAUUCCAUUGUUGAUGUAUUACAAAUAAAUGAGUUACUAGUCACAUUAACUGCAAGUAAAGAAUUAAAAUUAUGGAAUCUACAAAGUCGUCAAUAUUUAUCAACAACUUCUUUAUUUAACAAAAAAGCAGGAGAGACUUGGUUAACAACAAUACCCACAAAAUAUCUUAAAUUGAUUAAUGCAAACGGAGAGUUCUUUAUUACAAUGUUCAUAACAACAAAUAGUGGAGAUUCGAAGAAGAGUAGAUUUGCAUUUAAGACUUUUAAACUAGACAACACGUCUUUGACAGAACAAGAGCAAUUUGAUUUACAACCAGAGUUACCUAAUACAUUAUUGUCAUCCUCAGACGUAUAUUAUCAUGACUCAACAUUCCAAAAUAACAUAUGGUUUAUUCAAGAUUAUGAGGUUGAAUAUAUUGGAAAAGAAGUACUUUAUAACAUUUUGUGGAAAUCCAAUACGUCGUCGAUAUUGGUUUCAUAUAGAAUAAACUUCGAUAAUGGCUCGAUAAUAGAAAUAAAAGCUUCCUCGCCUAACUCACAAGUUGAAAAUAAUGAAUUAUCAGCAUAUCACGAAAGUGAUUAUUAUAUACGUAAGAUAUUUGAUUCGGGAUUCUACAAUGAACUCAUAGUUUCAACUUCAUUAAGUAUUUUAGUUCUGCAUUUAAACAGGGAAUUUGGUCAUAUAAAUACAAAUUUAAGAGAAUCAGCUACAACUUUAAUCAGUUCCAAUUCAGAUUCAGAUCCUAAAUAUUUAUGGUUUAAACUAUAUUCUUUAUGUGAAGAAUUUAGGAAGUUGAGUAAUGAAGCAUUAGCAAUAACAUCAUCCAAUAAUGGAUAUAUUACCCUCAAUGCAAAUGGAUUUGGAAUGUUUAGACCGUCUCAUUAUUUUGAAUCUUUUAUGCAUAAAGCUUUGUCAAGUCCAGAUGGUGAAUUAAUUCAAAUAUUCAAUAAAUUCAAAUCAGCAUUAUCUUCAAAAUCAUACCACAAAUUAUAUAGCGAGAUUUUGUCAAUUCAAAAUGGUUUUGACUCAGAAAAAGUUAACGAAGUUUUUACUAGCAUAUUAGGUAAUAAAUUAACUGAUGAAGAAAUCAACUCAAUCUUGAAUGAUUUAAGUAAAAUAUCCGAUGUUUUGGAAAUUGUUCACUCAUUAGUUUCAAGUUCAGACUUUCAAUUAAUCAAUGAACUUGACAAUGUUCGUAAAUUAGGUGAUUUUUUUCAAGACUCAACUUUUGUCACUUUCAGAAAUAUAAUUCAGCAACAUACUGCUAUAUUGUUAGACUUGGUCAUACUAUUUUUAAUUUGUGAAUCUAAUGAUGAGAUUUUGAGAUUAUUAAAUAGUGUUGUGACAACACUACAACGUUACAAUACCUUGGAUAUUAUUAUGGAUACUAGUAUUACAGCAGCAUCUUCCGGGGAUAGAGGGAUAAGCAAAAUCAACAACUCCUUAUUCUGGUCAGCUAUUGUUGACAAAGAUGCCAACUUAGAUAAUUUGAUCAAACAUUCACAAAUAAAUGAUGCAUAUGAUUAUUUUUUCAAUGACAUUUUAUCAAAAGAUGAAUUCAUCAUCAACUCAGUAAUGCAAUUGAUCAAUAAUAAACAAGGUCAAUACUUACAAAGAUACUUUUUAAACAAAUUAUCCAGAUCAAGUGCUGAGGAAUUAUUCUUGAUCGGUAUAAUAUCACUAAUCAACAAUGAACCAGAAAUAUUUUUUGAAACAUUUGUCAACUUUGAAAAAUUUGACAAUUUAAAUAUCAGAUCUAUCUUUGACUUGAAAAAAAAUGAAAAUUUAAGACCAUUACUAACUGUAUUAUCUGAUGAACCAACCAAAUCUGGUUAUUAUCAUGAAUUAUCCAAAUUACUAUUAACUCAAAUAUCCAAUAAGAACUCAAUUGAACUGAAUAAUAAAUUAAUUGAAAACUCGUUAAAAUUUGAAGACUUGGCAAUAAAAAGUACAGAUGUUGACGAUUUAAAAGAAGAAUAUUAUUUAAAUGUCUUUCACAAUGCAUUGAAUAUAUCGGAUUACAAUUUGGUACAAGAUGCAUUAGUAAAUUUGUCAAAUUCCUCCAACAUAAAGCAAUUAUUCAAAGAAUUUGUAACAAAAUUAAUUCAACAACAUAAAUGUAACUUAAUAUUCCCUUCCACUAAUUCAAAUACAAAGCUAUAUCGUGAACAUUUCAAGUUGAUUGACACUAUAAUAAAUCAAAUAGCUAAUGAUACAUCAUUAAAUCAAUCUUUGAAAAUCUAUGAGAUUUUAUUUUCAUGGAGAAAUUUUGGUUGUUCUACAACUACAAAUGAAUUAAGUGGUGAUAAAAGAGGAUCAUGUGAAGCAUUAUAUCAAUUUAUAUGGAGGUAUAAGAUGGAAUUCAAAAAUCAAAUUUUUGAACAAGAUAAUAAAAUUAAAUUAAAAAUUUUAGAACUUUAUAUUAUUAUUUUGAAUGUUUUGAAAACUUUUGAAGUAGAAGAUCGUUGGAUUUUGGUGCAAAAAAAUGAUUCGAGAGAAAUUCUUUCAAUUAAUAAUUUACAAAAGGAAUAUUUCGACUGGUUAAAAACAAUAGACUAG